AUGUCGAGGCUGCCACCUGGCCAGGGGUUGCCCAACCCCAACGCUCGUUCUCAGCAAGGUGGCUACAAUGGCCUUCCGCAAGGCUACCCGCCCAACCGUCAACCGAAUUCGGGGUUCAAUCCCGCACAAGGAAUGAGCUCUUCCCAAGGGUACCCCAGCCGAGGAAACGCUCCUCCUGCAGGCUAUCCCGUUUCCGCAAAUUACGAUGCCUCCAGGAACGGAGCGAACAGAGACCCCCGAGAAAUUUCCAUGGCUCAACCCCCCCCUCCCAAUCCAGCAGAACGCUUUGAAAAAUCGAGCGGUAGCUCAAAUGGAUGGAUGCGUGGGUUCGGGAUUGAGAAAUUAAAAGGAAAACCACUCCAGCAGGAAUUCAUUUAUUCGAAUCUGUGCGCCGUUUCACCUCGAAACUUUCGUGCGCAAGAGGGAAAAGGACACUUUCCGCUCCGGAUUCGCCGUCAAACGGACGACGGCAGCCAAAAACAUAUCGACUAUAUUGUCGAAGCAAAGACACAUGAAGGCUUUCCCGAGAACAAAAUCAGCCUGUCCCAGGAACAGCGUCUCUGGUUGAAACUAGCCCAGACGGAUAUACUGGAGGUAGCGGUAGUCUCGCCAUCAGCUGAUCCCCCGCUGUCCUCUUUGGUCUUUGUUGAAAUGAACGUCAUGUUUGCUUCUGAACCAUUCGAGACCACGUAUGAUGAGGUGUUUCUUACGUCGAAGUUUGCCGAAAAGUUCGAUAAGCACACGCUUGCACCUGGCCAGCGAAUACUGAUGUUUGCCGACGACCACGGCGACGUCCGCCUUCUGUUCAUUGUCAAAUCAGUGACCCUUGAGUCCAAAUCUGGGAAUGAAAAGUACCCCAUCCAGACAGCUCCCGACGCCAGGGGUAGUCUUCUCCUGGGCAAGACAAAAGUUAGCCUCGAAACCAUCGAGUCGGAUUCGAAACUAACCCUGAAUGCGGCUCCGGGCAAGCCGAGCGCCAAUGCCAUACUGGCCCCGGAUUUCAAGUUCGAGGACAUGGGCAUUGGUGGCCUCGACAAAGAGUUCUCGACCAUAUUUCGCCGAGCAUUUGCGUCUCGCGUCUUUGACCGUCAACUUGUUGCAGACAUGGGUAUCAACCACGUCAAGGGCAUGCUUUUGUAUGGACCUCCUGGAACUGGCAAGACUCUAAUCGCCAGGCAGAUUGGCAAAAUGUUGAAGGCCCGACCUCCAAAGGUAAUAAACGGCCCAGAAGUCCUUAACAAAUAUGUUGGCCAGUCUGAGGAGAAUAUCCGCAAGAUGUUUGGAGACGCUGAGAAAGAAUACAAAGAGAAGGGUGAUAGGAGUGGCCUCCACAUCAUCAUUUUCGACGAGCUGGACGCUGUAUGUAAGCAACGAGGAUCUGGGAGUGGAGGCGGUACGGGUGUCGGGGACAGCGUGGUGAACCAGCUUUUGUCCAAACUCGAUGGUGUUGAUCAGCUUAACAACAUACUGCUUAUUGGCAUGACGAACCGAAAGGACAUGAUUGACGACGCUCUUUUGCGACCGGGCCGUUUGGAAGUCCACAUUGAAAUUUCCUUGCCAGACGAGGCAGGGCGUUUACAGAUUCUGAACAUCCAUACGUCCAAGCAGAGAAAGGGCGGCAGGCUAGGUGAUGACGUUGACCUGGAGAAUCUCGCAUCCCUCACCAAAAAUUUCUCCGGCGCUGAACUUUAUGGCCUCGUCCGAUCUGCGACAUCUUUCGCCUUUUCGAGGCACACUGAGGUCGGCCAAAUGGCCAACCCAAAGGAUGUGGCCAACAUCAAGGUGCAACGCGACGACUUCAUGCAAGCUCUAGGGGAGGUCCGGCCGGCCUAUGGCGUGUCCGAGGCGGACCUGAAAAACGCCGUGCGCUUGGGCAUUAUGACUCGCUAUAGCACGCACGUCAAUGCCAACAUCGAUGCUGUGUCACGUUCUGUCAGGACGGCCCGGGAGGACCCUCAUAAGUUUAGCACCUCAGUACUAUUUCACGGACCCAAGGGGUCGGGCAAGACGGCUUUGGCUGCCCACAUUGCCAUGAUGUCGGACUUCCCUUUCGUCAAAAUGAUCAGGCCGGUUGAUCUUGCUGGCUAUAAGGAUGAAUUUGCCAAGAGGGACCAUAUCCACAAGGCGUUCGCAGACGCAUGGAAGUCUCCUGCUAGCAUCCUUAUUCUUGAUGAUUUCGAACGGCUGAUCGGGUGGAGCCCCAUUGGGCCUCGGUAUUCAUCCACGAUGGUGGAGAUUUUGACCACGCUCGUGAUUUCCGAGCCUCCCAGGGGCCACCGCCUUGUCGUCUUCGCCACGACUUCUCAGCCUUCAGUCCUUCGAAUGCUCGAGGUCGAUCGGGACUUCGCCAAGAAUGUUGCAGUGCCAGCUGUGUCCAACCUCACAGAGCUCGAAGAGCUUCUUGAUGAGACGCCAUUCUUCGACUCUGAUAAUGUGCCCCGUGCUAUCGAGAAAAUAAGAGAGUUCACACCAUCCGGACGGGUUGACGUGGGUAUCAAAACAAUUUUCGACUGCAUAUUCGAAGCGCAAAAUGGCGUUUUUGAUGUCGUCGGUACCUUUGCCGACUUGAUGAGCGAUCAAAUACAGGCUACACGAUGA